GCCGUCAAACAUAUUUGAAGUGAAUUAAAUUGUUAACCAAAAUAAAAAUAUAUUUAUUGAAAAGUUCGUGCUGCGCGGCAUAUAAAUUUCCGAUACUGUCUUACAAUUAGUAGUGAAAAUACAAACAAAAAAAAACCACAACAACAACAAAAACAAAUAAAAUUAAAUUAUGUGGUGUGCGUGAGCGUCAGUGCUACGGGGUGCGGCAAGAAAAGCGAAAAACAGAACAACAAAAAAACAAUUCUUUCUUUUGAGUGUGUUAUUUUCCGAUUAAAUUCUCAGCGAUAACAAACAGAAAUAUACGAAAUAAAAUUAAUAAAAGUUAGAGUGUAGUUUCCUUUUUUUUGUUUUGGUGCACAUAAAUACGAAAUUGUGAUAUAUGUAUAUUUGUUGUGUGUGUGUGCGUGUGUAUGAAUCCCGUUAGCAAACAGAAGUAACAACAACAACGAAGACAAACGACAAAAGCGCAAAAAGGAAGAAGCAAAAAGUCGAGAAAGACAGCGCAAAAAAGAAACGGCAAGGCACACCAAGAAGCGGCCAGAGGAGAAAAAAAUCCAUUUUGUUGUUGCAUCCAUCCACCAUCCAUCCAUCCAUCCAUCCAAUAUCCCUAACAUAUUGGACUGUAUUAAAUUCUUGUAUCGAUAAGAAGGAUCUGCUAUAAUAACAACAACAUCAUCAUGAGUAAAAAACCGACAGCCGGACCGGCAUUACACAAGGUCAUUAUGGUGGGCAGCGGUGGCGUUGGUAAAUCGGCACUCACAUUGCAAUUUAUGUACGAUGAAUUUGUUGAGGAUUAUGAACCCACCAAGGCCGAUAGCUAUAGGAAAAAGGUUGUGCUAGAUGGUGAGGAAGUACAAAUAGAUAUACUUGACACAGCUGGCCAAGAGGAUUAUGCCGCUAUCAGAGAUAAUUAUUUUCGCAGUGGCGAAGGUUUUCUCUGUGUGUUCUCAAUCACAGAUGAUGAAAGCUUCCAGGCCACUCAGGAAUUUAGAGAACAAAUACUGCGAGUGAAAAAUGAUGAGAGUAUACCUUUUCUGCUUGUGGGCAAUAAAUGCGAUCUGAAUGACAAGCGUAAGGUACCCUUAUCCGAAUGCCAACUGAGGGCGCAACAAUGGUCUGUACCCUAUGUGGAGACUUCGGCCAAGACACGCGAAAAUGUUGAUAAGGUAUUUUAUGAUCUAAUCAGGGAUAUUUCAUCACGCAAAAAACAACGUCAGACGGACGUGAAACAGCCGCCGAAGCCCAAUUCUCAUUGCUGCCAAUUGCUGUAGGAGGAGGAAGAGGAGGAGGAGGAGAAGGAGAUAAUAAACCACAAUGGAAUGAUGAUGGACAAGGAGAAGAUGAAUGUCGACUACAACAACCACAACAACAACAACAACAACGAUAACUGCAGCAGCAAUAAUAACAACAACAACAACUGAAACGACUGCAACAAAUGGCAUGCAACAACAGCUACGGCCAGAUAUUUAUAUAUCUUAUAUAUAUAUAUAUAAAUAUA